AUGGCCCACAACGCCACGUCCUGCGCCUCCAAGUGGGGCGAGAACAUCAUCGUCCUGCCCCCCACAGCGCAGCUGCAAGCGCUGCUGACGGUGAUCCGCGACGAGAGGACCGGCCGUGGCGACUUUGUCUUCUACUCGGACCGCAUCAUCCGCCUGCUCGUCGAGGAGGGCCUCAACCACCUCCCUGUUGUGCCGCAGACGGUCAAGACGCCCACGGGCGUGCAGUUCCCGGGCGUCGCGUUCGAGGGCCGCAUUUGCGGCGUGUCGAUUAUGCGCGCGGGCGAGGCUAUGGAGGCCGGGUUGCGUGACUGCUGCCGCUCGGUCCGCAUCGGCAAGGUAAGCGGCUAUCGAUGUGACGAGGAGACGGCGCAGCCGAAGCUCUUCUACGCCAAGCUUCCCGACGACAUUGCGCAGCGGUACUGCCUCCUCCUGGACCCGAUGCUGGCCACCGGGGGCUCGUGCCUCAAGGCCAUCGAGGUUCUCCUCGAGCAGGGAGUCAAGGAGGAGCGCAUCCUCUUCCUCAACCUCAUCGCCUCCCCCGAGGGCAUCAAGAAUGUGCAGGCAAAGUUCCCCAAGCUCAAGGUCAUCACGGCCUGGGUCGACGAGGGCCUUGACGCCAAGCAGUACAUCACUCCGGGCCUGGGUGACUUUGGCGACCGGUGA